UGAGACUAGUCUAAUUUAGGGAGGUUUGUGUUGCACAGGCUAUAUUUUUAGUGCAGUACUUAGAUUGCUUCCUGCUAUGCUGCAGGGUACAGUGGUGAGACCAUGCAAACGUACUUUUAGUGAAUUCUGAUCCGUUUUCUCAUUCUAAAAUAUGCUGAAAAUGUUUUAAGAAUCAGUGAGGUGGAGAAUGCAUAUUGUUGAUGUUCUUGACAUAUUUGCAAAAUCAGGUGAACAACAAUACGUUAUAUUUUUCAGUCAUUCAUAAAAGAAAAUAGUCUAACCCAUGAACUGCCAUGUUAUUUAGGUUUUACGCGAUGCCUCUGCAGCCUGCAAACCAACCACAGAUAAUCCGAUCCACUCAGAAAGAUGACUAUUACCAGAACUGUCUUCGGAAUAACGCCAGUGAAGCUUUUCAGACAUUAGCUGGAUCUAAAAAAUGGCUGGAAUGGAGGAGAGAGAUUGAGUUGCUGUCAGACCUUGCGUACUACUGUUUGACUACAUUUGCAGGUUUUCAAACCCUCGGGGAAGAGUACGUCAGUAUCCUCCAGGUUGACCCCACUAAGCGGAAGGUCCCUUCCCGUGCCAGACGUGCAGCUUUAAUCUGCCUUCACGUCUUUGUGCCGUAUCUCCUGGACAGGACGCUGGCCCGACUGGAGCGUGAGCUCCAAGCAGAAACCGCGGGGCCCCGGGCUCCUCAAACCAGAGGCUGGAAUCUGACCUCGUUCUUCAGAGAAAGGGCUCAGUGGGCCGUGGGGAGACUCGCAGAGACACAGAGGAGGACGCUUCUUCAUGCUACGUACGUUCUGAGGAAAGGAAUCACGUUUGCACACAGACUGCAUGUAGCUCUCUUCUACAUUAACGGAGCGUUUUACCACCUUGGGAAAAGGGUAUCAGACGUUUGCUAUCUCCGUGUUCGAGGGUUGCCAGGGGAUGACCGGGCUGUCCGUACCAGUUACAAGCUCUUGGGCGCAGUGUCUGUACUGCAGCUGGCACUGACUGUUGCGUUGCAGAUCAACAACUUCAGACAGAGGCAGAGGGCCAGGCAGGAGUGGAAACAAUACAGAAACCUCGCCUCUUCUGGCAGUUCGUCUCCGGAUCUCCUGUCUGCCCGAACCUCUCGCUGCAUCCUGUGUUUGGAGCAGCGACGUCACUCCACAGCCACGCCCUGCGGCCACCUCUUCUGCUGGGAGUGCAUUACAGAAUGGUGCAAUACCAAGGAAUUGUGCCCGCUGUGCAGGGAGAAAUUCCAGCCCCACAGGCUUGUGUAUCUACGGAAUUACAAAUAGAAGAAAGAGAGGCGAUGAAGCAGUGGUUCCUCUGUAUGAGGGAGAUGCUAAAUAACUCUUUGCUGCCAGUACAAAUAUUUCAAAGAUGUCAGGAGUUUAAGAUGGGAAGAAUAGUACAACCAGCUGCUCCAUUAUGUAGUGUUUAAUCAGCAGUUUACACUCGCUGGUCUGGUGAUGGAGAGGCACGCUGGUGAUGGAUUAUACGCAUUGCAGGAAGAAUUCAAGUUGUUAUCAUAUUCAGCUCCAAAAUCACCUUGUUUUGAGUAUGUGGUUUUAAUUGAGAUCAUAGUAGAGGGAAGGAUACAAUACAUUGUUGUUUGAAAUCAUUGUUAAUUUGUAAGUUUGAUUUUGUAAAUUGACUGUAAGGUCAGGUGCAAGCUGGAUUGAAUCAAUCCUUGUUAUGAAUUAUUAAAAAAAUAAUAAAACUACUUGUGCAUCAGUUUUGUGUUUUGCAUUAAUGUAUUUACGGUGUAAAACGCAGUCUGGUCGUAGACAAAGAGGACUGUAUCACUAUUACCUGGAAUGUAAUUGUUAAGGGCCAUUAGCCACACACAACCCUCAGAUGUGUUUAAAAAAAAAAAAAAAAAAUUUAAUUUACACUCCAGCCCUCAACAAGUGUUCUUGGCAGGGUAAUAAAAAAAAAGGGGGGGGGGGGUCCAGAAUAAAUGUAAUGUAUACAUGUAUUAUUUUUGUAUCCCCUGAAACAUUUAUAACGGGGAUGGGAAACGAAGACAGUUGUAUGAGCGACUGGCUUCUGAUCAGAAUACCUUUAAGCGACCCCCGCGCAUGCUCGGUUGACAGCGUCUCUGUUGUCAGUGAAGUCUGCAGAGCGGCGCCAGUUUUGAAUUGUAAAUACUGUGUAAACUAAGGAAAAUAAACAGAGUACGUUCAACUGUCUCCGGGUUCAUUGGGAUUUUUGCCUUUCAUACAUAGUUUUGUGGAAAGAUACAACGGAAGUACAUUUCGUAUCGGUAAGGUAAGGUUUUAAUACGCUACAGUACCAGUAUUAAAUUAAUAUUUAAGAUCUGAGAAAGUAUAUCCUGUAUACCUGUGCUCAAAAAUAAAUUAC